UCUAUCUCUCUCUCUUCCCGUCCUCUCUCCGUCUCUCUCUCUCUCUCUCUCUCUCUAGCUCCGACCUCUCUGUUUCCGCGUCCUUCCGGAGCGAAUUCAUCCGCGACGAAGCGCGGUUUUUGAUCGGCGACGCUGUCAUCGCCGGAGCUAAUCUCGCCGCACAAGGAUGGUAUUUGGAGGUCAAAUCAUUCCUUACUAGGAAAGUUCAACUCUAUGGUUCAAAUGCCUAGGCUUGUCGCUAUCUCCAAGUUCAGCCUUAUGGUUUGAAUGCCUUAUCAAGUAUCUUCAAAACAGGAAAAUGGAUUUCUGGAAGUUCCUUUUCGAAGAAAUAAGUUAUCCCGGCAGCAUUCUGAUAUUUACCUUGGGCUUAUGCCUUAGUUGCAAGUAAUCUGAAGCUAAUAUGGAUGACGGUGGGCAACAUGGAAAUCAUAGACACAAGGUGGAAUAUCCUUACAAGUUGAUGCACACUUUGUGGAAUAUGGCCCCCCAGCAUCAAAUGAAGGAAAAGAAUGCUUUAGCUAUGAAUCAGAAGAUAAUGAACAUCCUUAGAGAGAAGGAGCAGGCUAUUCAAGAACGCAAAGAUGCAGAAGCUCAAACAAAGGCAGCGAUUGGCGCACGAGAUGAGGCCUUCAGGCAGCGUGAGGAGGCACUGGUUGAGCGUGAUAAGGCCCUAAUGGAGAGGGACAAUGCAAGAGCAGCACUUCAAUAUUGGGAAAAUGCUAUCAAUUUUACGAUGGUUGGGGGAAAUCAACACGGUUUGAAGCGCGUCCACCACCCACCAUACUCUCCGGCUGACAUUGCUGAAGCUCUUAACGCAGAUGUACGUAUAACAGAUGCUUUCCCCAUAUCAUCCAUUACUGCUGAUGCCAUAAAACCACGCCAAGGAAAGCGCUCAAAAGAGGGUAAGGGAAUUGCAUCGAAGGGCUCCAGUACACAAAGGAAGGGGAAGAGAGUAGGCGAGGACUUGAACGUGCAAGUACUAUCACAUGCAAAGAAGGUGAGGUCCAAGUGGGAUAGUGCCGAUGUCUGUUUGAACCUAGUUGUUUUUAAUGGUUCCACCAUGCCAGUUCCGGUUUGCUCUUGUACGGGCAUUCCUCGGCAUUGCUAUAAAUGGGGAAAUGGCGGCUGGCAGUCGUCCUGCUGCACUACCACCCUUUCGAUGUAUCCACUACCGCAGAUUCCGCACAAGCGUCAUGCCAGGGUGAGUGGUCGCAAGAUGAGCGGGAGUGUAUUUACAAAACUGCUCAGUCGGUUGGCAGCUGAAGGACACGAUCUGUCAAUACCCUUAGAUCUAAAGGACUACUGGGCCAAGCAUGGAACGAAUCGUUACAUCACCAUCAAGUAGUUCCCCAGGAAUCUCUUGGAUGAGAUGUGUUUAUAAUUUGAGCCUUCUCUUUAUUUGAAAAUUGUAACUUGUGUUAUUGUCGGCAAACAUUUCUCUGUUUUAGACCCAACUUGGAAUGCCUCUUUAACACAAGUUGGACUUUGGGGAGCGGGUGGGCAAUCUGUCUUUCAGUAGUACUGAUGAUGCUGCAAGGAGUGAUUCGUUCUACUCCUGUGCCAAUCGGGAGGGUAAACAAGAGCAUUGUCUCCCUCUGAGAUAGAGCUGAUUGUAGAAUCAAUAAGCAGGAUCGGUGAAGAUUCUAGUUCUGACUUGCAAUAGAGGAUCUUCUUUCAAUUAGAAUGUAAAGUCUUUUUGUUGGCUGGUACUUAAGAUCGAGCCUUUAGCAAUGAGUUUGACUGAACUGCGAUGAGUUACGGCAAAUUGCAAGAACGCCUUCGUUUCUCA